CAAAAGAAAGAAAAGAGAGGAAGUUUUAUUUUGCGAGAAAGAAAAUGGCAGCAGUAGUUGAUGCUUGUGUUUGUGAGAUUACAAAAAUAAGUGAAAAGGUUAGAGCCAAAAGCCUUUUCUUGUUGAAGAAGAAAAAAACAGGGGAAAAAGUGGAAGAAAGGCAGAAUUCUUCUUCUUCUUCUGUAGAAAUGGCAGCAGAGAGCAAAAAUGAUAACAUAAUGUGUGAAGCAACUGUAUUUUUGCUAAUGGAUCGUUUUGCACCUUGUUGAUCAACUACCAGCUAGUAGUAUGUAUAAAUAUAAUGUUCUUGUAUAUGUAUAUGAUAUAUAU